AUGGAAACUCCAGACUACGUGGAUUGGUUCAGCAACCAGGUCAUUUUUAUCACCGGUGCAACCGGCUCACUUGGGGCAUGUCUCUUGUACAAGCUGAGCGUGAAGCUUUCCACGCGAAAAAUCUUCGUCCUUAGCCGGAGGUCACGAGAAAAAUCGCUCCAGACAUGGAAACGCACGAUACCUCAACAACUUGAUCAGGUGCUUGAUACCAACAAGCUCCAAUUUGUGAUGGGAGAUGUUACGAAGCCUAAUCUCGGACUGUCGUCGAGCGACGUGGCCCUUCUCAUCUCCGAGGUGACGGUGGUCCUCCAUGCGGCUGGGAACAUCAAUCUCGCGAAUGAAGCCUAUGAUGCGGUGAUCGCCAAUACUCUACCGGCCCUGGAAAUGACAAAGAUGGCCGAAAACUUACCAAAACUGACGAGAUUCGUAAUUCUCUCUUCAGCCUACGUCAAUGCAUUUUUGCCUGAUGGGCCGGUGUUCGAGCGACUGUAUGAGACAAAGGGCCAAAUGGCCGACCCGUUUGCUGAACUUGACCUUGUGAUGGCCCGUGAGAAGCUCCCAGUGAUGGACGAAUUUCCUUGGGGAUAUGCGUAUGCCAAGCAUCUUAUGGAGCGAUUAUUGCUGUGGGACCCUCGGCGUAAAUUUCCCAUUCUGUUCAUCCGGCCUACCCUAAUCGGACCGGCAAUCAAUCAGCCAUAUCCGCUGUAUGGUCCAGAUCAGUCCAUACCGUUGAACACGCUCGCUCGGUUAUAUGCCCAGAGCGGGGGUGGUACAAGGGUUUGGUACAGCCCAACCGGGCGAGACGCAGGAUCGAACAUCAUCGAUGAAAUUCCGGUUGACCUUGUAUCAAAUAUCCUCCUCCUUCACAUGGUUGAGGGAUCCACCGGGAUUGUUCAUGCCGGGGCUCAACUGUAUAAUUGCAGGAGCGCUAGAGACUUCACGGAGCUGUUGAGGUCGAAUUUGUCCCCAUCUUCACAAUCCGACUUUCCCCAUUUUGCUUUUACACAUGAUCGAAGCAUCCCUCAAUGUGCGCUGGCGGAUUUCUAUCACAUAGGAAGUCGGGAUUGGAAUUUUGACUGUUCUCGAUCAGAACGAUGGAGGCAUACCGAUGGUCCACUAAGCUUAUCAUUGAUCAACGAGGGGCCAUUCAUUUUGAUCAGAUGA